AAGAAUGGCUCCUUGUUGGUACCAAACAAGGGCAUCUUCUUCUUUAUAGGAUCAAGAAAGACAUAGUGCCAGGAGAGGUUAUGUCAUCAGAAAGUGUCUGUUGCAAUAGGUUUGAAGUGACACUAGAGAAAUCCAACAAGAACUUCUCGAAAAAGAUUCAGCAGAUUCAUGUUGUUUCUCAGUUUAAAAUUCUGGUCAGUCUAUUAGAAAAUAACAUUUAUGUCCAUGACCUGUUGACAUUUCAACAAAUCACCACAGUUUCCAAGGCAAAAGGUGCAUCUCUCUUCACUUGUGAUCUUCAGCAGUCAGAUACAGGGGAAGAGGUGCUAAGAAUGUGCGUGGCAGUGCGGAAGAAGCUACAACUUUAUUUUUGGAAGGACAGAGAAUUCCAUGAACUACAGGGGGACUUCAGCGUACCUGAUGUACCCAAGUCUAUGGCCUGGUGUGAAAACUCCAUCUGUGUAGGCUUCAAGAGGGACUAUUACCUGAUACGGGUGGAUGGAAAAGGAUCCAUCAAAGAACUGUUUCCCACAGGAAAGCAACUGGAACCAUUGGUAGCUCCUGUAGCAGAUGGAAAAGUUGCAGUUGGCCAAGAUGAUCUAACAGUUGUGCUCAAUGAAGAAGGGAUCUGUACUCAGAAAUGUGCCUUGAAUUGGACAGAUAUUCCUAUAGCCAUGGAACACCAGCCUCCCUACAUCAUUGCUGUUCUGCCAAGGUAUGUGGAGAUCCGCACUUUUGAACCCCGUCUCCUGGUACAGAGUAUCGAGCUGCAGAGACCACGCUUCAUCACCUCUGGAGGCACAAAUAUUAUAUAUGUGGCAAGUAAUCACUUUGUUUGGCGGCUCAUUCCGGUGUCCAUAGCCACACAGAUCCAGCAGCUUCUGCAGGACAAGCAGUUUGAGUUGGCUUUGCAGUUGGCAGAAAUGAAAGAUGAUUCAGAUAGUGAGAAGCGACAGCAAAUUCAUCACAUAAAGAACCUCUUUGCCUUCAACCUAUUCUGCCAGAAGCGCUUUGAUGAAUCCAUGCAAGUUUUUGCCAAGCUUGGUACAGAUCCCACUCAUGUGAUGGGUCUGUAUCCUGACCUCCUGCCCACAGAUUACAGGAAACAGCUACAGUAUCCCAACCCCCUGCCAGGGCUCUCUGGGGCAGAACUGGAGAAGGCACAUUUAGCUCUGAUAGACUACCUAACUCAAAAAAGAAGUCAGCUGGUGAAGAAGCUAAAUGAUUCUGAUCAUCAGUCCAGUACCUCACCUCUCAUGGAAGGAACACCCACGAUCAAAUCCAAAAAGAAGCUGCUACAAAUCAUUGAUACCACCCUGUUAAAGUGUUACCUCCAUACAAAUGUAGCACUGGUGGCACCAUUGCUACGCCUGGAGAAUAAUCACUGCCAUAUUGAGGAGAGUGAGCAUGUACUAAAGAAGGCACACAAAUAUAGUGAGCUGAUAAUACUGUAUGAGAAGAAGGGUCUGCAUGAGAAAGCAUUACAGGUACUGGUGGAUCAGUCAAAGAAAGCUAACUCGCCUUUGAAGGGCCACGAGAGGACAGUGCAAUAUCUGCAGCAUUUAGGCACAGAAAACUUGGACUUGGUAUUUUCCUAUUCUGUCUGGGUGCUAAGAGAUUUUCCUGAAGAUGGACUGAAGAUAUUUACAGAAGACCUCCCUGAAGUGGAAGCUUUGCCACGAGACAAAGUGCUCAGUUUCUUAAUAGAAAAUUUUAAGAGCUUGACUAUUCCUUAUCUGGAACAUAUCAUUCAUGUCUGGGAAGAAACUGGUGCAGACUUUCACAACUGUCUGAUCCAGCUGUACUGCGAGAAAGUGCAGGGCUUAAUGAAAGAGUAUCUCAAUUCUUUCCCUGCAGAUAAAACUCCGGUGCCUGCUGGAGAGGAAGGAGGAGAUUUGGGGGAUUACCGGAAAAAGCUUCUACUUUUUCUGGAGAAGUCUAGCUGUUAUGAACCUAGCCGACUGAUUAGUGACUUUCCCUUUGAUGGUCUCCUAGAAGAACGUGCUCUGCUCUUGGGUCGUAUGGGGAAGCAUGAACAAGCUCUGUUUAUUUAUGUCCAUAUUUUGAAGGACACCAACAUGGCUGAAAACUACUGCCAUAAACACUAUGACAGAAACAAAGAUGGCAACAAAGAU